AUGCGGACGCCGCCGGGGGCACCUGCGGCUCCUCUUGGAGACAACCGUUGCCUCCGCGGCAGCAUCGCGGCAACUUUUUGCGGAUUGUUUUUGCCUCCAGGCUUUGCGCUGCAAAUCCAGUGUUACCAGUGUGAAGAAUUCCAGCUUAACAACGACUGCUCCUCCCCAGAGUUCAUUGUAAAUUGCACCGUGAACGUUCAAGACAUGUGUCAGAAAGAAGUGAUGGAGCAAAGUGCCGGAAUCAUGUACCGCAAGUCAUGUGCGUCGUCCGCGGCCUGCCUCAUCGCCUCCGCCGGGUACCAGUCCUUCUGCUCCCCGGGGAAACUGAACUCAGUGUGCAUCAGUUGCUGCAAUACCCCACUCUGCAACGGGCCCCGGCCCAAGAAAAGGGGCAGUUCUGCCACGGCCCUGAGGCCAGAGCUCCCCACCACCAUCCUGCUCCUCAAACUAGCCCACUCCUUGGUGCACUGCUGA